UCUCCCUGUCUUGGUGGAAAUAAAAAGAAACACGCACUUUCUUUCCUUCUUUCAUUCAAACUUUACCUCUAGAUGCAAGUGUAUGUAAAAAUCUGAAUUCGCACAGUAGAUUCGCAGAUUAAAAACGUAAUUUGGAACAUCAUUUAUCGAAAACGGAAAAAACAACGAUGAGAUCGGCAAAUCUAUGCGCUGGAAUGUCUGUUUGGAUAACUGCGUCACACUUGUGGAUUUUGUUUUGUGUCUUCCUCCUGGAGUUUACUUCUGCAGACCAGAAAAACAUCACAGCUGAGUCUGGACAAGACGUCACUCUGACAUGUCGAGCUCCAAACAACGACUUCAAGCUUGUAGAGUGGAGCAGAACUGACCAGAGCAGAGCUGAACAUGUCUUUUCGUGCCGGAUUGUUACGAAAGGACACUUUGCUCCAGUUGAGCAGCAUCCAUCUUUUAAGAGCCGGGUGGAUCUGCAGGACAGACAGAUGAAGGAUGGAGACGUGUCUCUGAUUCUGAAGGAUGUGAUGAUUAAUGACACUGGAACAUACAACUGCUGUGUUGUUGUGGGAUCACUAUCAUGUGAACCCAUCAACAGCAUCUACCUUCAUGUUGUUCCUCCAGGUCAGACAGGAGGACACACAGAGGAUGGAGGGAAGAAGGAUGGAGGGAAGGAGGAUGGAGGAGAGAAGAGUGGAUCUGUUGGACUAAUAGCUGGUCUGGUAAUUUCCGCUGUGCUUCUUGUUGCUGCUGUUUCUGGAUUUUUGAUCUACAGAAAACUUAAGAAGCAGGAUCAGGAUUCAUACCAGCCUCCUGUUGAAAUGCACCAUGUUUGAAAUGUCUCAGAGCUUUUCCAAAUGAGCUCUCAGUCUCCUGGUAAUGCGUCAAUUUCCCAUCGUUGUCACUCAGCACAGUAAAAAAACAGAUCUGAGGAUGUGUUUGUCAUGAAAAGAGCCCAACAUUUGGUUUUCAGGGUUUUUAUAAAGGGGAUUUAUUUCUGUGAAUGAAAAACCGACUGAAAUCCUGGAUUCUGUUCUUCACUCACCACCAGCUCACACCUUCUUCUCACCUGCACGUCCUCCAGGAGGACAUGGAGGGUUUGUGGCACUGGUAGUGAGUCUGUCAGUUUUGGUGUGUUUGUUCUUGUACCUAAUGAUUUGAUCUGUAAAAAAAGAAAAGGGAAUGGUGCUGAAUAUGUGAUUCCUGCUUCUCAGAGAUCCUGUUAAAGUCUAAAGAUAUUGGGAGGGUUUCACACUGUUUGGAGCAGGGAAACAGGUACUAAUGGUGCAAUACUGACUGAUGUGUUUGUGGAUAUGAACUCGUACACAUGAACAUACCUCAGGUUCAUAUCUGCAAAUUUAGGUCCCAGGACACAAACUUUAUAUUUAAAGCUUUUAAAGAGUGAAAAAUGUUACAUUUGGACAUCUGUGGGGUUGGUGAUGGAGGGAAUCAUUUAACAGCUCGUAGGUUUCUACACUUAUGAAUUAAAAAUGCAUCACUUUAAGAAUUAAAUCUAUUACAUUAGAUGAGGAUGACGGUUUGGGAUAAAAUUGUUUACACUCUUUAAGCUCUGUUUCUUAGUUGUCAUGGUGAUGCAUCCUGGCAAUGUUACAGACAUGAAAAAUAUCUCAGAGUGAAACACUUUAGUUACAGUCAUGUUGACUGUAACUAAAGUGUCAUUUUUAUAACUCCCUCUUUAUAACUGUCUUUACUAUGUAAAGUUUCCUAAAUUUACACAAACAGGGAUUUUAGACUAUAAAAGGGAAUUUUGUGCAGCUAAAAAUGACAAAUUUUGUUUUAUGAAAACUGAAGUUAAUGCUGCAGUGACUGGAAAAUGACCUGUUCUAGAGACUAGACCAUCUCAGUACCACUGACUUUAUGGUAUUUUUCAAAUUUAUUUAUUUCCUUCAGCAGGUACUUGAACUUCCUUCAGUGGAAAAUUGAAACAGUGUUACAAAAACUUAUGUUUUACGUUUCCUAUUUGUGAAACUUUGUUUUUUGGUGUAAACCAACAAUUUAAACAAACUAAGUAAUUUAUGCUUUUUUUCUCUGGGUUUAGUGUUUUGCAAGAUUAUGAAUGCAUAAAUGCUGUGAUCUGUAUUAAAAAAUACUGUUGCUGUCUGUGGAUGUGCCAAGUCAGCCACGAAAUCCUGAAGGUAUCAGAGUAAAAAAGCUGGUUUAGAUUUAGUUUGUUUCUCACCUCUCCUCCAGGAGCUGCUGAAACAGUCCAGGUGUCUUUUUUCUGCUCAGUGUUCUGGAGGAAAGUGUGCAAGGAAGGAGGAAUGUUGUGCGACAUGUGUUGAUUUGAUCACUUACAGCAGUUUCUCUCAUGUACUGUUCACCUGUUUACAUUUUCUGUGAACGAUACAUCAACCACUGCCCGACUGUUACGGGGUUCAGCCUGGUGCAGAACUUUCCCCUCAUUUGUUCCCUGGUUUAAUUCUGUUAUUUGUUUGAUUUUAAUCUCCCCGUGAAUCUGAUGCACUGAGCCACUGAAGUGGAGAACCAAAGAAAUAAAAAAACUGGACUGUUGACUGUUUAACAGAGAUUUAUUUUUGCACCUUCUCACUGAUUCCUGCUGAAUCAGCACCAAAGAACACACAGCAAACCCUCUGAGCUUUGCUUCAGGUCAUCAUGUUAUUCAUAAUCAGAGCGAUCAGUGAGAAAAAUCUGAUGUGUGUUUACUUAAACUCAGUAAAAGGCUUCUUCUCACUUAUGUACAUCUUCUAAACCAGAGUGCGUAUAGCACACGCUGGAUGCUGACAUUUAUCAAACUGUGAUGUCUGUUAUCAGAGGAUCAUUCUGAUAACACAAACCCCUCCAGUGUGUCUAAGGCCCACUGAGGAGAUCAGAAAGGACACAAGGAGAGAGGAGUCAAGGAAACAGUCUCAACAGAACGAGACAUCAGCGUCUCAGAGCUUCAUUUUAAACUGUGGUAAUUAUAUAACGUUAAAUUACAACUAGAAUACAAACAGUGCUCCAGAACUAUUUUAUAAAUGAGAAAUUCUUCAGCAUGAAGCACUGAGAUUGAUUUUCAGGUAACAGGCAGAAAGACGGCGGAGACCAGGAGGCACAAAUUAGAAAGAGUCCUCAGUUUUCCCGCCCCUGAGCAGCAAGAGCCAAUCAAACAGAAGAAGGAAACAUAUGAGCCAAUCAUGUUGCACUAAUUCUUCAGAUUCCACUCAUGAUUCUGUGCGUGUAGUUUUUCAGUCCCUGUGAAGUUAAAAAAAUUAAGUCAUGUCUCUCUCCCCAAUCACCUGUUGAGUGAUGUUAAAAUAACCACCCAGAUUACAUCAUUUAUUUACAGAUUGUCUCAGUGAAAUUUAGAUUUAUCUGUAAAUUCUGUUAUUUAUAAAAUUGUGGAAUUUGAUCUAGUAUUGUUAGAAUGUAAACAGCAGAAAAUAAAGAGGAACAGAAGAGUGUAAUACAAAGCAAGCUCAGCAAAGUUAGGCUUUCUUUAUAUUAGCCGCCUCAAUCAAACCUCAGUCGGAGACACCAGUAAUUAAUAAGAGGUUGUCACAUUGCUCCUUCUUCUUUUUUAGUAGCUGAGCACACAGCACAAACACAAAUUGUGGAGAACAAGAUCAUUUUAU